AUGUCUGGCCGUGGCAAAGGAGGCAAGGGUUUGGGCAAAGGUGGCGCCAAGCGUCACCGCAAGAUCCUUCGCGAUAAUAUUCAAGGAAUCACUAAGCCUGCUAUUCGUCGUUUGGCUCGUCGUGGUGGUGUCAAGCGUAUCUCGGGUCUCAUUUAUGAGGAAACCCGUGGUGUCUUGAAGAUCUUCCUCGAGAAUGUCAUUCGUGACUCUGUCACUUACACCGAGCACGCGAAGCGCAAGACAGUAACGGCUUUAGACGUCGUUUAUGCCCUCAAGCGCUCUGGCCGCACCCUUUAUGGAUUUGGUGCUUAG